UACCCAUAUUUGUUGUUCAUGCAGCUGGCUGUCCUAGCUAAUUUCCUACACACAAACAUCAUGCCUCUUAGUCUUAGAUUCACCAUUAAUCUCUUCUUCCUCUUAUGCCCAAUCAUAGUUCGCUCCGACGCCCACGCGGACUUGGACGCGUGGGUUUCGUGGCACGUCCGACGUCACAAGCAGCAGAAAUCCGUAGCCGUUACCCAAGAACUGAACGACUUGAGGUGGAAGGCCGAGUCGAAUAGAAUGGAAGUGAGCGUGAGCCAGGAUGGGAGCGCCGAUUUCAUCACCAUAAAUGACGCGCUCAACACCAUUCCUCUUCACAAUACUCGUAGGGUUGUCAUACGCAUAAAUUCCGGCCUCUACAGAGAAAAGGUGAAUAUCCCAAAAACAAUGAGUUUCGUGACGUUGGUGGGAAAUGCGAGUGACCCUCCGACUAUCACCGGAAACGACACCGCAUCGACGGUGAGAGGAAGAGAUGGGACGCCGCUGAGGACAUUUCAAAGUGCUACUGUUGCCGUUGAUGCUGAUUAUUUUACGGCAAUCAACGUCAAAUUUGAGAACACGGCGCCGCACGUGGUGGGGACGAGGGGCGGACAGGCGGCGGCGCUGCGUAUAUCGGGGACGAAGGCGGCGUUCUACAACUGCAGCUUCUACGGCAGCCAAGACACCCUCUACGAUCACAAGGGCCUUCACUACUUCAACAAUUGCUUCAUUCAAGGCUCCGUCGACUUCAUCUUCGGCUACGGCACAUCGCUCUACGAGAAUUGCUAUUUGAAGUCGGUGACGCAGAAGGUGGCGUCGGUCACAGCUCAAAAGCGGUCGAACUCGUCGAUUGGGAGCGGAUUUUCGUUCAAGAAUUGUACGGUGACGGGGAGCGGGUCCAUCUAUUUGGGAAGGGCAUGGGGAGAUUAUUCGAGAGUCGUGUUUUCCUACACGUUUUUGGAUAAAAUCGUGCUUCCCCAAGGAUGGAGCGACUGGGGCAAGAAAUCCCGCGACCAGAAAGUGUAUUAUGGUGAAUAUAAAUGUAGCGGAGGAGGGGCUAACGUGACGGGGCGUGUAGCGUGGGCGAGGGUGCUCACAGACGAAGAGGCCAUGCCAUUUAUUGGCACUUAUUAUAUUGAUGGCGACACUUGGCUUAUAAACCCUUCUACCUAUCACCUUUGACUUUUUUGAAACCCCAAAUUUAUCUUCUCUUUCAUUUAUUGGUACUCUAUCACUGAAUUUCAUCAUUCCAUUUCUAAUGAUAAAAUGUUGAUGGGAUUGAAAAUACUCCAUAUGUGUACUUGGAAUUGAAGUGAUCUUAAUGUUGAUGGGAUUGAAAAUACUCCAUGUGUACUUGGAGUUGAAGUGAUCUUAAUUUGAAGUCGUAUACAUA